UCACUUCUCACCAACUUCCUGCUCUGAGGACUCUGCACAACUUUCCCAACCAGGAAAUUAAAGGUUCGUGUAUCUUCGGUUUAUUUGCGUGGUGUAGACUGGUCACAUUGUACCUGGUCACAUGUCCUCCGCUCGCUAUAUUGUUAUACUGGAAAUUUUAGGAAGCAACAAGCAUUUCUGGAAAGUGAAAGCGAAAAACAUCCAGGAGAGCAUAGCCGGGUGACGUGAGCCGAAAUGGCGAAAGCGGAGCAAUUCAAUGUCAUGUUGUUACAAAUAUCUCAGAGGCUGGACGCUAAGGAACUGGACGAGAUGAAGUUUCUUUGCCACAAGAAAAUAACCAAAAAGAAAAUGGAGUUGGUCACCAGCCCCAUCCAUCUGUUCACGCACUUGAAGGAGCAGGUGCUGAUCUCUGAAGACGACCCCGGCUAUCUGGUCGGGCUGUUGGACACGAUUAAGCGACCUGAUCUCGUGCAAGAAGUCGAAAGAUUUCAAGGACCGCAAGUCACGGUGGAGACCAGCGAAAGAGACCAGCUUGACGACGCCUUUGACUUUGUAUGUGAUAACGUCGGAAGGGACUGGAAGAAUUUGAUCCGGAUACUUGGAGUUGCAGAACCCACAAUAGAUCAAAUAGUUUAUUCGAACCCUUACAACAUGCGGGAACAACUGAUGCAAUGCCUGAACAAGUGGAGGGAAAAGAAGAAAGAUGGUGCCACUGUAUCAGCCCUGAUUCUUGCCUUAGAAAAUUGCAGAAUGCGGCUGGUAUCAGAAAGACUGGCAAAAGCCAUUAACCUCAAUCAUGGAGCAUCAUAACAACAAUGACAUGAUUAUUCUAGUUUUCUGCUGCAACUAGCAGCCACUAGGGGGAGCUCAGUGCAUACAGAUGACUUUGAGCACAGUAUUAUGUAAAUCCAUUUACAGUUGGCUCUCCCUAGUGGCGGCUGUGCACAGUCAGGAUUAUAUCAUCUGUCAAGUUCCUCAAACAGCUAUAUUAUGACUUUAUAUUCAAUACAGAACAAUGAAUUUAAAAAUGAAAUGGAGUACAUUUGGCAGAGCUGCCGGUGGGGGCCAUGCUGAGCACUGAAAUAAUGAAAAGCUAUUUCUCUAAUAUAUUUUAAAUGUCUAAAAUAAGCACCAGCUUUUUCAUCUCUACAAAUACCACAUAAGUGGCAAUACAAAAGAGGUCUAUAAUCCACCAUCUUCACAUCCUGGAUUAUACUCCAGAGCUGCACUCACUAUUCUGCUGGUGGAGUCACUGUGUACAUACAUUACAUUACUUAUUCUGUACUGAUCCUUAGUUACACCCUGUAUUAUAC